AUGUUUGUCUACAAGAGAGAUGGACGUAAGGAACGCGUGCAGUUUGACAAGAUCACUGCUCGUGUUUCUCGACUGUGUUACGGCCUUGACCCCGAUCACGUUGACGCUGCUGCCAUCACCCAAAAAGUUAUCUCUGGUGUCUACCAGGGUGUGAAUACUAUCGAGCUGGAUAACUUGGCCGCUGAGACUGCCGCAUACAUGACCGUGACACACCCCGAUUACGCCAUCCUGGCGGCUCGUAUCGCCGUCUCCAACCUACACAAGCAGACCAAGAAACAAUUCUCCAUGGUCAUCCAAGACCUGUACCACUAUGUCAACCCUAAGAACAACAAGCCAGCCCCUAUGAUCUCUCAACACAUUUUUGAGAUUGUCAACAAGCACGCCGAUGAGCUCAACUCAGCUAUUGUCUAUGACCGUGACUUUAACUACAACUACUUUGGCUUCAAGACCCUCGAACGUUCAUACUUGCUCCGUAUCAAUGGCAAGGUUGCUGAGCGUCCCCAGCACCUGUUGAUGCGUGUCGCUGUCGGUAUCCACGGUGAGGAUAUUGAGAAGGCCAUCGAGACCUACCACUUGAUGUCUCAGAAGUACUUUACCCACGCCUCCCCAACUCUGUUCAACGCCGGUACUCCUUCUCCCCAGCUGGCUUCUUGCUUCUUGGUUGAUAUCAAGGAGGACAGCAUUGAGGGUAUCUACGAUACAUUGAAGACCUGUGCCAUGAUCUCCAAGACUGCUGGUGGUAUCGGAUUGAACGUCCACCGCAUUCGUGCUACCAACUCCUACAUUGGCGGUACCAACGGCUCCUCCAACGGUAUCGUUCCUAUGCUGCGUGUGUACAACAACACUGCUCGCUACGUCGACCAAGGUGGUAACAAGCGUCCUGGUGCCUUUGCUAUCUACCUGGAGCCCUGGCACGCCGAUGUCUUUGAGUUCCUGGAUCUGCGUAAGAACCACGGUAAGGAGGAAGUCCGUGCUCGCGACCUGUUCUAUGCCCUGUGGACCCCCGAUCUGUUCAUGAAGCGUGUUGAGGCCAACGGCGAAUGGACCCUGUUCUGCCCUAACGAGGCCCCCGGUCUUGCUGAUGUUUACGGUGAUGAGUUUGAUGCUCUCUACGAGAAGUACGAGAAGGAGGGCCGUGGUCGUACCACCAUCAAGGCUCAGAAGCUGUGGUAUGCCAUUCUUGAGGCUCAGACCGAGACUGGUAACCCCUUCAUGCUGUACAAGGAUGCUUGCAACAAGAAGAGCAACCAGAAGAACCUGGGUACCAUCCGCAGCUCCAACCUGUGCACUGAGAUUGUCGAGUACAGCGCCCCCGAUGAGGUUGCGGUGUGCAACUUGGCCUCUCUCGCGUUGCCCACUUAUGUUGACGCUGCUCGUGGCGAGUAUGACUUUGGCAAGCUGCACGAGGUCGUCCAGGUUCUGGUUCGCAACCUGAACAAGAUUAUCGACAUCAACUACUACCCCGUUCCCGAGGCCAAGAAGAGCAACUUCCGUCACCGUCCCAUUGCUCUGGGUGUCAACGGUCUGGCUGAUGCUUUCCUUGCUCUGCGUCUGCCCUUCGACUCCCCUGAGGCCAAGCAGCUGAACAUCCAGAUCUUCGAGACCAUCUACCACGGUGCUUUGACUGCCUCCUCCGAGCUGGCUGCCAAGCUUGGUCCUUACGAGACCUACGAGGGCUCUCCUGUCUCCCAGGGUAUUCUGCAGUACGACAUGUGGGACCGCACCCCUACUGACCUCUGGGACUGGGCCUCCUUGAAGGCCAAGAUUGCCGAGACCGGUGUGCGCAACAGUCUGCUGGUUGCUCCCAUGCCUACUGCUAGUACCAGCCAGAUUCUGGGUUUCAAUGAGUGCUUCGAGCCAUACACCUCCAACAUCUACUCCCGCCGUGUCCUGGCUGGUGAGUUCCAGGUUGUCAACCCAUGGCUCCUGAAGGACCUUGUCGACCUUGGCCUGUGGUCCGACAACAUGAAGAACCGUAUCAUUGCCGAUGGUGGUUCCGUUCAGAACAUCCCCAACAUCCCCGCCGACAUCAAGGCUCUCUACAAGACUGUUUGGGAGAUCUCCCAGCGUAACAUCUUGCAGAUGGCUGCUGACCGUGGUGCCUUCAUUGACCAGUCCCAGUCUCUGAACAUCCACAUGAAGGAGCCUACCAUGGGUAAGAUCACCAGCAUGCACUUUGCUGGUUGGAAAAUGGGUCUCAAGACCGGCAUGUACUACCUGCGUACCAUGGCUGCUUCUGCUCCUAUUCAGUUCACUGUCGAUCAGGAGGCUCUCAAGGUUGAGGACACUAAUGUUGCCCGUGCCAACCCCUCCUACAAGAAGCGCCCUGUUGGUACUACCUCCUCUUCUUACUCUGCAGUGCCCCGUGCCAAUGAGUCUGAGGCUGCUACCCCCGCUGUGUCUAAGGCUCCUAUCCAAGAGAGUCCCCGCACUGUUGUUGAGCCCCUUAUUGCUGCCCCAGCCUCCGAGGCCGCUGUUGACUCCAAGAGUGAGGAGGCUACUGCUGAUGCUGAGGACAGAACUGGUGACAUCUUCUCUGAUGCCGUGUUGCAGUGUAGCAUUGAGAACAAGGAGGCCUGCCUGAUGUGCCAGGGCUAA